UCUUUUUAUCCACUCUCUCACCUAGGGUUAGGGUUUCAAAUUCUUUCCUCAAUUAAAGAUUUUCCCCCACGAUUUUGCGCAAUGGCAUCAACAUCGAAGAAGAUCACGUUGAAGAGUUCCGAUGGAGAGACCUUCGAGGUGGAGGAAGCGGUGGCCGUGAUGUCACAGACGAUCAACCACAUGAUCGAGGAUGGCUGUGCGGAUAGCGUCAUCCCCCUUCCUAAUGUCACCGGCAAGAUCCUCUCCAAGGUUUUGGAGUAUUGCAAGAAGCACGUCGACGGUGAUGCCGACAAGGACAAGGCGGGCGACGACGAACUCAAGGCUUGGGAUGCCGAAUUCGUCAAGGUUGAGCAGCGCACCCUCUUUGAUCUGAUCCUGGCUGCUAAUUUUCUGAAUAUCAAG